UCGUUCUCCAUUCGUAGACGCCAAGAACCCUAACAGAACAAAACCCAGAAGCUGAAACUUUGUUGGCAUGAGGUUUUGCAUGCAUACAUUUAUGGGGUUUGUGUAAAUUUUUUUCCUUGUUGAAACCCCCUUUUUUGUGGUUUGACUCUGUUUGAGCUGAAACAAAAGGAGAAUGCAAUGGCCUGGAUAAUUUGCGAAGAUAUUUAACAAAGUGUACAUUGUUAUUCUGCAAUAGUACAAUUUUGCCUUCACCAUUUGCUGCCUAUUAUGGAUGGGGAUAAUGGUCUUAACAUACGUAAUUGGGGUUACUAUGAACCUGCUACCUCUUUCAAGAGCCAUCUGGGGCUCCAGCUAAUGUCAUCGAUGCCGGAAAAGCCUCUUCUCGGAGGACGCAAUGCUGCAGUUUUGUCCGGCACUAAUGGUGCCUAUCACCAUAGGGACAUUGGCAUGCCCCCGGCUACUUACCCUAUGGAUUACAUGAGGGAUGCUUGGAUUAGUAGUCAGAGAGAGAAGUAUAUGAAUAUGAUACCUACAAACCCAAGUUAUGGUAGUAUUCCGGAGACGUCUUCCACACAUCACAUGCAAAUGAUUCCACCGCCUGAGUUGUCCGCAAAGGAAGAAAGGCCCGUGGAAGAAGCGCCUGUUGUUGAGAAAGCGAACACCACUGGAAAGAAGAGACAGGGUCCCAAGGUUCCGAAAUCUCCCAAGGCAAAGAAGCCCAAGAGGGGGCCUCGCGUUCCUAAGGAUGAGAAUGCUCCUACAGUUCAACGAGCUAGGGCUCCAAAGAAAACUACUGAGAUUGUGAUAAAUGGGAUUGACUUGGAUAUUUCGAGUAUUCCAAUCCCUGUUUGUUCGUGCACUGGGACACCCCAACAGUGUUACCGAUGGGGCUCGGGUGGGUGGCAGUCUGCAUGUUGCACAACGGGAAUGUCUACAUAUCCUUUGCCUAUGAGUACAAAGCGGCGUGGUGCUAGGAUAGCUGGAAGGAAAAUGAGUAUAGGAGCAUUUAAGAAAGUUUUAGAGAAACUUGCAGCUGAGGGUUAUAACUUUUCUAAUCCAAUUGAUUUGAGGACUUACUGGGCAAAACAUGGUACCAAUAAGUUUGUCACUAUCAGGUAGAUCUACUAUAUGCUAUGGUACAAUAUGGCCUCUUAUUCCUUUUCAGCCUGUUUGUCAUGUAUAUAUAUGUGAAGUAUUUGGCCUGAGACAGAGGCUUUGUUAGCUGGUUUGUAGUUCAAGGAUUUUCGACUCCUGACAUUUCCUUUUCUCUUCUAACUCUUAUCUGUUGUUCUAUUCACUUAUUUGGAUUCAGUAAAUGGGAAUUCAAUCUUUUGGCUGGUUGGUCCUGAUAGAGGACUAGAAAAUGAGA